AUGGAUGAGAUCGGCCAACGACCCGGCAGGACUCAACUGCGGCCUUUCCGUGCAGUGUGCCAACAGAGCACGCAUCAAGGAGCGGUGUGUCCCUGGAGGCAGCUAGGUCCUGGCAUCCGCGACCUCGAUGUGAACCUGACCAGGCUGUGCGAUGAUCGAACAGGUGUACUCUAUGUUUGCAAUCGCACUCUGACGCCCGCUUGCGACGAUCUUUGCGACAGAGGCCUCGGUCCUCGGGCCCUCAGCCUGAACGACCUCCAGUCCUAUCUGGACUUCAUCGUGUCCCACAAUCCCUUCGGAGGUGAUCUGGAGCCCUGGGACGUGCCCCAGGUGGACCUCACGGAGCCGGAAGCCUACGUUUUUGUCUCGCAGCGUCAGGCGCUGUACACAGCGCUCCGCACUCUGGCUCUGAAGCUUCGUGAUCCAGCUUCGCAAGCCAAAAAUGCUUUGGACUAUGGAUUGACUUAUGGCUGCAACUGGAGGCCGAACCCUAUGGGAGUUCCUGACCCUGAAGCCUGCGCUCGGUUCCCUCCGCUGACGGGCGUCGGAGCUGAAGCCUUGCAGGGCAACCUCUUCAGCCUGCUGGCAUGGGCCCAUGCGCUAGCUCGGGAGAACGGUGCAAGGCUCGGUGUUGAGUCUUGCUUUCGGAAGCAACGAGAUGAACCAGAACGCUGGUGUCCACACGACUCGGUGCUUGCAGCGGUGAGAGGUGGAGCUAGCGGACCUGAUGCGAGGGACAUGCUGGACUCGUCAGAAUUCUGGGCAAAGAAUAACCAGAGGCUCGAUGAGGUCGGCAUCCGCCCGAACGUUUGCCACUUUGAGUCCAGCCGCUGGGUCUGGCGAAACACUCGCGACCCGGAAGCUGAAUCUGAGGAGUUCUGCCGUGGCUUCGCGGACGUUCCUUCAGUCUACCAGCCCGAGGUGGACGAUUUCAUGUCGAGAGAUCGGCCAUGGACCCUGGCAGUGGACAUCGCCGGGGCGCAGUAUGGCGGGGGCUGCGGCUCGGCGAACGGAAGAACCUGGGCCACGCAGGACGAAAGCACGCCCGUGUUCUACCCGGAGACCUUGGCUCUUGGCUUCCAUUCGACAGGCCGAACCAUUGGCACUGGAACGACGGCGUUGCUGUUUCUCGGUGUCCGUCGAUACUUCAGUGGCCAGAGCGGCUCUCACGGGCUUGAUCGACAGGGGCUGAAUACACCGCUCUUCGUCAGCGGGAACCGGUGUGGCAACUUGCAUGACGCCAGGCUCUUUCCACCGGACCGGCUCCUGUCUGAGGCUGCGGUCACGCACCUGGACAGGUCUGAAAGCGGUUUUUCCCAGCCCUUCCAGAUGUUCGGCCAUGCCCUGGGCGUCAUCACCUCCAGCUGCGGAACUUGCUUGGACGGGAAUCUCCCGAACACAACGCUGAAGUUUCGUACUGCAGGCGAAACUUGCCUGGUCAGCUGGAAGGACGGACGCAGCGGGUGUGGGAGGUCACCAAAGGGCGGCUGGACGUACUGGAAUGACGUUUGGACCUGGAUUGGUGCGACCAGUCCCAGGUUCUACCCACCGGCAGUUCGACCAGCGUUGACUCGCAUCGUGCGCCGGGUGGCCACGGGUCCAUGGGGUGCUGGCGUCUGGUGGGGGAACACACUGCAGUACUUCGUGAUCGUUUGGGUGGCGACCGCUCUGCUGUGGAAGCAGGAUUCGUUUCAGCUGGACUACUACGCAUACGGCCUCCCAGGCCAAGAGGGAUUUCCCUUGGGUGGCUUCUGCGAGCAGUACCAGGCUAGCCAGGGAGGGAACAGAGCCAGAUUACUCCUCUACGAAAACUAUAGCAAAACAUACCGCACAAUGCUUAAGCAAAUAGUAUCGUGCGCUGCCGACGGGAAGUAUGUUGUUCUCCUAAGGUCCAUUUGUGUCGGGUUCAAGGGUAGAGCGCCUUGGCCGGUUUAG